UCUACCUCUUCGAGCGAUCCAUCGGUCUGAUCAAUAUUCCCGAGGUGUGCAAGGCAGCAACCCUGAGAGGAUGGCUCGAACUAAGUGCACGGCUCGCAAGUCCACCGGAGGAAAGGCUCCUACGAAGCACCUUAGGGCUUUCUAUGCCUCCGCUCGUAAAACAGCUCCCGCAACUGGAGGAGUAAAGAAACCUCGUCGAUAUCGCCCUGGAACUGUUGCACUUCGUGAAAUACGCAAAUAUCAGAAGGGAACCGAGCUGCUCAUAAGGAAGCUACCUUUCCAGAGGCUGGUCAGGGAGAUUGCUCAAGUUUUCAAGAUUGAUCUGCGUUUCCAGAGCCAUGCGGUGCUUGCUUUGCAGGAGGCAGCAGAAGCAUACCUUGUCGGGCUCUUUGAGGAUACCAAUCUGUGUGCUGUCCAUGCGAAGCGUGUGACCAUAAUGUCCAAGGACGUUCAUCUUGCUAGGAGAAUCCGUGGCGAGAGGCUCUAAAUAGUCUACUCAGAUGGAUCGUCCCCAACAUGGAUGCUACUAUCUACAUGAUUCCUAGGUUCAUGAUGGACGGCGGACAACUACUUUGAUUUGAACUAUUAUUUGUAUUGAAUAAUCUUGAUAAAACAUCUUAGAUCUAAAGUCUUUUCUUUUGAACUAUCUAUAUAGACUAUAUAUGGUGAUGCAUAGUAUCUCUGCCGCAAUAUACAUAUAUUUGUCUUUUACAGUA